AUGCGUGGUUCAUAUAAUGGUCUCCAAGCUAUAAUUAGGCGUUUUAAUACGGCUGCUAUUUUUGUGUGGUGUUAUGCACACCGACUGAAUUUGGUCCUUACCGAUGCAGUUAGUUCCUCUGUGAAUGCUGUUGAUAUGUUUGGAAUUAUAGAAACUGUACAUGAUUUUAUUAAUUCAAGUAAGAAAAGGGUUGCAUUAUUUGAACUACAUCAAGAAAAAUGUUAUGGUAAUAAACAACGUAAACGUCGAUUUAAAAGGGUUCAGACAACAAGGUGGUGGUCCCAUGAUUUGGCAUUAAACACAGUUUUGGAUACAUUUGAUGAACUUCAAAAAAGUGAAUGUUUAAGUGAUCGAAAAGGAGCCCACCAAGCAAAAUGUUUAAAAGAAAAUUUAAUUUGUGACAAAUUUUUGUUGACUGCAUUUAUUUACAAACAAUUAUUUGAAAUUGUGACACCUUUAAGUAAAAUGUUACAAACUGUAGAUAUAGACCUAAUUGGAGUUAUAGCUGUAGUCGAUGACAAAAUAUGUGAACUAAAAAAUGCCAGAAGUGAUGAAAACUUUUUAAAAUUACAGGAAAAAGUUGAUAGGUUUAAAAUGUGUUCAUCUGUGGAUAACGAAGAUUUUAAACUAUUGCCACUAAAUCGUUCAAAGAGAGUUCCAAAAAAGUCUGCUGAAGAAACCCAAGAUGAAGUAAUCACUGAUCCACUUCAACAUUUUAAAAUUCAAACUUUUUUUGUUGCAUAUGAUACUGCAAUUAUACAGAUUAAAGAAAGGUUCAGUGAAAUCACCAAGGGUAUUUACAAAGAUUUGUCCUUAUUUUCUCGGAGACGUUUGGAAGAAAUUUCAAAAAAUAAUGAUCUAUUACCUAAAGAUGCAUUUGAUGUGUUUUCUGAUGUUUACAGUAAAUUUAUACUGAAAGAUGAUUUAAAAAGGGAAUAUUUGCAGUUUUCUAAAAGUUAUUUCAAUUUUGAACAAGUGAAAUUAUUGCCCUUGCAAUUGCAUAACUCUGAAAUAGAAAUUUAUGAUGAGCUCAGUGGUUCAUUGACUGAUGAAGCAUCAGAAUCAGAAAUAGAAGAUAGUUUUGAGAACAAUCACGAUAGGCAAGACAAAGAAGUACCAAAACUUCAUAAAAAUGGAUGCAGUUUGUCAAUUGUUUUAAAGGUUUUGCUAAUCAGUGGCCUAUCAUCUACAUUCCCAAUGCUUACUACUGCCUUAAAAAUUGCUGUUACUCUCCCAGUGGCCAGUACUACUCCAGAGAGAACAUUCUCAAAGUUAAAUAUUGUGAAAAAUAAAUUACGUAGUACUAUGGCAGAAGGUAGACUUGAAAGCUUAAUGAUACUUUCGUGUGAAUCAGAUAUCAAAAUUGAAACUGAUCAAAUAAUCAACGAUUUUUCCAGAAAAAGUGUAUUGUUAGAAAAAGCAUUAUUGUACUAA